UCUCUACAUUAUAUAAAGGCUGCAUGUGUCUUUAUUUUUCAUUCCAUCCUUUCUUUUAUAGAAUUUCACAGUCACUGAUCCAAUAUGGAGUUUCAUUUCUUUCGCAUUAUUACCUUUCUCAUGCUUCUGCUAGUGGCAACUAAUGCUGCAAGAUUACCACCUCAACGUUACUGGAAGUCCGUAAUCCCCAACUCUCCAAUGCCAAAAGCCAUCACUAAUCUCCUACUUCCUAGUGAGACUGAUGUAAGUUCUAAAGAAUUAUCUAAUUGGUUUCGAUACGAUCAUACUGGGGUUGAUGUAAAUUCUAAAAAAUUACCUAAUUGGUUUCGAUACGAUCGUGCUGCAAGUGGGUCUGAUGUAAAUUCUGAAGAAUUACCUAAUUGGUUUCGAUACGAUCAUGCUGUAAGUGGGGCUGAUGUAAGUUCUGAAGAAUUACCUAAUUGGUUUCGAUACGAUCAUGCUGUAAGUGGGGCUGAUGUAAGUUCUGAAGAAUUACCUAAUUGGUUUCGAUACAAUCAUGCUGCAAGUGAGCCUGAUGUAAAUUCUGAAGAAUUAUCUAAUGUGUUCAAAUACGAUCAUGCUGCAAGUGAGCCUGAUGUAAGUUUCAAAAAAUUUCCUAAUGUGUUCAAAUACGAUCAUGCUGCAAGAAAGCCUGAUGUUAGUUUCAAAAAAUUACCUAAUGUGUUCAAAUAUGAUCAUGCUGCAAGUGAGCCUGAUGUAAGUUUUAGAAAAUUACCUAAUGUGUUCAAAUACGAUCAUGUUGCAAGUGAGCAUGAUGUAAGUUCCAGAUAUUUUCCUAAUGUGUUCAAAUACGAUCAUGCUGCAAGUGAGUCUGAUGUAAGUUCCAAAUAUUUUUCUAAUGUGUUCAAAUAUGAUCAUGCUGCAAGUGAGCCUGAAGUAAAUUUUAGAGAAUCACCUAAUGGAUUCAGUUACCAUCAUGCUGCAAGUGAGCCUGGUCUAAAUUCUAGAGAAUCACUUAAUGGGUUCUUUUAUCGUAAUGCUGCAAGUGAGCCUAAUGUAAAUUUUAGAAAAUCACCUAAUGGGUUCAGUUACCACCAAGCUGCAAGUGUGCCUGAUGUAAAUUCUGGAGAAACAUCUAUAUUAAGUUACAAUCCUCCUGCAAGUGAGUUUAAUGUAAAUUCUGGAAAAUUAUCUAAUGCAUUUAGUUACGAUCAUUCUGCAAGUGAGAAACCAAAAUCGACAAUCUUCUUCUUUGAAAAGGACUUGCACCAUGGAACAAAAUCAUACAUUCGAUUUGCCAAGACCAAUCCAAAUAAUGAAGCGAAAUUCUUGCCUAGAGAAGUUGCUAGUUCAAUACCAUUUUCAUCAAAAAAGUUGGAAUACAUACUCAACAAACUGAACAUCAAGAAAGGGUCAAAGGGUGCUCGCAUUGUGAACAACACAAUCACUGACUGUGAAGUGGAAAGCAUCAAAGGAGAAGAAAAACUUUGUGUAACAUCAUUGGAGUCCAUGAUUGAUUUCUCUAUUUCUAAAAUUGGGAAAAAUCUUGAGGCUGUUUCAACAGAAAUGUACAAAGAGAGUGACUUUCAACAAUAUAAAGUAAUAACACAAGGAGUGAAGAGGUUGGGGGAGAAGAACAAAGCUGUUGUGUGCCACAAACAGAAUUACCCUUAUGCAGUGUUUUUCUGUCACACAACAGAUACGACUAAAGUUUACUCAGCUCCUUUGAAGGGUGUCGAUGGAAGCAUAGUUAAAGCUAUUGUUGUGUGUCACACUGAUACAUCACAAUGGAAUCCAAAGCACUUUGCAUUUCUAGAACUCAAAGUUAAAGUUGGGAGUGGUCCAAUUUGCCACCUACUACCUCAGGAUCAUGUUGCUUGGAUUUCUAAGUAGAACCACUUUUUUUUCGUUUACACGUUUGGGUGCGAUGUCUUGGCUAUGAUGUAUUAUUACAAGUGUGCUAUUUGUGUUACUUUGAUGUAUUUUCUAUGAUGUAUUACAUGCAUGUUAAAUAAAUAAUGUUUCUUUGAUGUUA